AUGGAUGAUGAUUUCGCACGGGCUUUAAAUAAAUUUAAUUCGAAUCGUAUAUUUAAUAAAAAUAACAUAAUAAAAGAUGGCAAUAAAAUUCCAAAAAUAAAUCAGAACAAAAAACAAUUAAUCUUAAACAAGUUAAAGGACGAUUUAGAAUUAGAAUAUAUUCAUAACUCUAAUAAUAAAAUUUGCCAAAAAUUUUUAACAUUGUGCCUAAGAAAAAAUUCAGGAAAAUUAAAUGAUCAUUCAGAUAAAAUUAUAUUGCCUGUUUCUAUAUUGAAAACUCUUGAAAAAGGAACAUAUAGUAAUGAAGUGAGUUUUCCUUAUACAUUCAGUUUAAAAAAUGCUCAGAAUAAUUACAUGACCCAUGCAUGUGUUUUAGAAUUUAGUUCAAAUGAAGGGAUAAUUGAAGUUUCAGAAAACAUAAAAGAAAAUUUAGGAAUAUUUGAAAAAAAUGGAGUAAUAAGGAUUUUAGUAAGUUAUGCAAAUUUAUCAAAAUGUGAUUUUAUAAAAUUUGAAUCAUUAAAUGAAAAUAUAAAUGAUAUAAAAUUUAUGAAAAAUUUAUUAGAAAAUAAAUUAAGUUUAAAUUAUAGUACACUAACUUUAGGUGACUAUGUACAUAUUAAUAAUUUAAAAUUUUAUAUUAGUGAAUUAGAACCAGAUAAUGCAGUAUCUUUAAUAAAUACAGAUAUAACUGUUGAUAUAUGUGAACGGACAAAUAUUAGUGGAAAUCAAAUAGUUUUUUUUUCAAAUAAUAAUAAAAUUGAUAAUAAUAAUAAUAACCCAUAUGAAAUAAUAAGUAAUACCCAAGUAAAUAUUAAUAAUACUAUUAAUGGAGAAUUUAAAAAAUACAAAUUUAUAAUUAAUUAUAAUAUAUUAGAAUUAUUAAAAAAAGGUAACAUAUCUAUAAAUAUAUCUUUAAAAUCAGAAAAUAUAAAUAAAUUUAAUAUUUUUAUUUCUUUUCCACCUUAUGAUGAUGUGUCUGAAAUAGUACAUCAUAUACAUUUUGAUGAUUGUACUGAUCAGAUUAAAAUAGAUAAAGAUCUUAUUCAAAAAUGCUUAAAAUAUCAUUUUAUUUAUUUUCAAAAUGAAGAAAAAAAUGAAAAUAUUCAAUUUUCUAAUACCAAUGACAAUAAAAAUAAUAAUCUUUUAAGUUAUGAGGCAAAUAAUUUUCCUCAAAAUUAUUCCGAAAUUUUGGAAUAUGUAUAUGAUCAAUUUUUUCCACAUAUAAUAUUUCUUGGUAUAUCAUCAAAUAGCAACAGUCCGUUGGAAUAUAACUUAUCGUCUAAUAUAAUAGAAAAUACUUUGAAUUCUACCAAAAAUAAAGAUAUAGAAAAUCAAACUAUAAAAAAAAACGACAAUGAAAAUACCAUAAAUAAUCAAAAUUAUAUAAAAUGUGAUAACUGCCUUAAAGAUGUUCUAGAAUAUAAUAUAAAUAUGCAUAAAAUGCAUUGUAUAAAAAAUUUCUCCAUUUGUAAUAUUUGUAAACAACCAUUUAAAAAAAAUGAACUUAUAAAUCAUAUACACUGUGAUAUAUGCAAUGAAGGAAUGCAUAUAAAUGAUAAAAAUAAACAUAAUAUCAUAUGGCAUGUAAAAAUAAAAUGCUUAUGUGAAAAAUAUUUUUAUAGAAAACAAUUUAUUUUUCACCAAAAAUUAUUUUGUCCAAAAAAAAUAAUUUUUUGUCCAUUUUGCAACAUAUUUACUGCACAUUUUACAAAUAUUUAUGAUGAAGAUUAUAUUAUUGCUAAAUUUUUUGAUCAAUUAGAUAAUAAACAAGUUAACAGUAUUUGUCCAAAUACCAGUGCACACAUAAAUUCAAAUUUCGAAACAAAAUCAAUUGGUUACUAUGUAAACUUAUUACAUAACAAUUUUAAUUAUUUUUUAAAAUAUAUAAAAAACUCAGAACAUGAAAAAUAUUGUGGAUCAAAAUCUAUUUCUUGUAUAAUUUGUAAAAAAAAUAUGUACAGAAAUUUAUAUUUAAAUCAUUUAAAUUCACUUCAUAAUUUAACCAAAAUUGAGUCAUUUAAAAUUAUAAACGAAAAUAUUCAAUUGCAGUAA